AUGGAUUUUGAUGAUAGCUAUUGCUAUUUGGAGAAUAAUUUUAAUCAGUUUCAUCUGAUGAAUUUACUUUCUCCAAGUGAUUCUGGUAUCAAUCUUGACAGUACCAAUGAACAAAGGAAUGAUCAGCUUUCGGAAAUUAUUGAUAAUUUGGGACUUGAAUUGAAUUCACAAGAUAAUAAUGGAGUAUUUGUAACAGAUGAUUCAUCAAUAUUUGAUACUGUCACACUUGACAAUCAUUUAAUCAAUCAAAUAUUCCCUAACGAUGCUUCACCAUCCACCAGUGAUUCUGGAAAUUAUUCGCCAACAUAUUCUACCUCAGAUGAUCAAAAUGCUUCUGAUAAUGACCGAAUUACAAAUUUCUUGCAAGCCUCACAAAUAAAUCAGUUGAAAACGAAAUUCACUGCAACGCCUAAUCCAAGUCAUCUUGUUCCCGUUCAGAUUCCACUUCAACAGAUUCUAACAAAUGGUAAAAGUACGUCAAGUCAUCCAGUGAUUUGCAUUAUGCCGGCAGUAACCCAUUCCAUUUCCGAUAAUUCACAGCCAGCUGCUAAUCAAGACAAACAACGGGUUCUAUCGCCGAAACAUGAAGGACCAUCAUCAACAUCAGCAUUUACAAGCACUCCUGCUAAAGACUAUGAUCGUAAAAAAGAGGAUAGAAAAAUACGGAACAGAUACUCGGCGCAACUUUCUCGGAUUCGGAAAAAAAAUGAAAUCGAUGAAAUGAAAAGAAAUUUGGCUAACAAAGAUACUAUUAUCGAGAAGUUGAAAAAUAAAAUCGAAAUUUUAAAUGAAACUAUUGAAACUUUACGAAGAGAGAAUGAAGUGUUAAAAUCAAACGCUAAUAAUCGAAAUAGCGGUGGUCGUUUAAGUAUGCUUACUGGCGCUGUUUGUCUUUUCGGAUUUGUUUCAUUAUUAUCUUUUAGCAGCACCUACACUAGUUAA